CACGCUGUGUGAGCACAGACAAUGCUGUAGCCUUGUUUGUCUCAUGCACAGUUCUGUAGGACAGACAGAGAGACUUGAUCUUGGAUAAACUUCAUUACCAUGACAAAUGCAACAACAAGAAACCAAACAGAAUCACCACCACCACCAGAUGGGUUGUGUAAGGAACCUACACGUACAACCGUACUCGUGCUGUUGGGAGUUCUUGGUGCACUGCUGUUGCUCUCACUCUUUUGGAAUAUUUUUUGCUGUGUAUUACGAUGCCGCUCAGGAAAGGGGAUAUGUCCAAAAAGGAAAAGACAAAGGAGUCCAAGGCAGAUGGAAGAUAAUCCUAUUUAUGGAAACAUAAGCUACAUGCAGACUGGCAUGACUUCCCUCACUGAAACGGAUCUUCCACACUCAAGGGAUCAACCGAGGGUCAAUUAUGACUCACAGUCCAAAACUCAGGAGUGCUACGCCAACCUGUCCCUGAAGGCUCCCCGGCUGCAGUCUGGCCGCAGCUCUCCACAGAUCCAGUACUCAGAUGUGGUUCAUUUAGAGGAGCCGACUGAGUCAGAGAAGGAUGAUGAAGGCAACACGGACGCCCUCUCCACCAUGUCUGAUCUGUAUGCAUCUGUGCAAACUCAGCGCGCCAAAACCGUCGACACUGCGGACGGUGGAGAGGGCUACGCCAACCAUCUCUGAGGGAAGGUUGGCUGCGGAUGCUGAGAUCAUCUUUGUGCAGCUUGAACCUGUAACCACAAGAUGGCACUGUUUAAUGUCUGUCAUUAUAUCAAACUUCACAACCCUUCUGUGUAGUGAUGCAGUGAAAGUCAAACCUCCAACAGAUAACUGAAUUGUUUCUACUGGAGAAUGUUAAAAGCAUUCCUGGCCUUGCUGAUGUUGCUGUAAAAAAGCAUUUAGUUGCAAACUUCCUAUAUAUUCUUCUCUUGGUUCUGUAUUAAAUCACACUGGUAUUAAUGAAUUGUGUUAAAUAAUUGUAUCUUUACUGAAAUGAUAACCAUGGAUUAUUAAAGCUCACCAUGUUUAAG